AUGGCUCGGUUCGGGCUCACGCUGUUGUUUAUUCUCUCCGCGAUACCCGGAUGUAAUUGUGAGUCUGAGACGGUGUGGACGGUGUGGCGGAGCGCGCUCUCGUCUGCGGGCAGCCUGUGCGAGAACGCGCACAAGUACCUGGUUUCACUGGUCGGUAAAGAUGCGGUGGAUACCCUGCUAAAAACCAUAAAGGAUGUAAUAAAGGUGAUGUCUGAAGCUACAGCUAGUGCUCUGAACGUGGCCGCUGUUUACAUCACUGAACUGCUGACCGCCGCUGGACUUGACUUUGAUCUGCCUGUAAAGCACAUCACCCCUGAAGGUGUGAUCUUCGUGGCUCAGUGGGCCUUGCUAGCUGUGAUUGGAUACUGGUUGCUCUCCUUGAUGAUCCGCAUCCUUGUGGGUGUCGUGAGGCAAACCCUGUUCUGGCUGAAGGUCGGUUUAGCCGUCGCUGCAUUCGUUAUGAUCCUGAGCGAUACUGGUGCGAGUACUGAAACCACAGCCACAAGAUUAGCUGCUCUGGUGCUCGUCUCGGUCCUGCUGGGCGUCGGACCUUCAUGUUUCAGAGGAGACACCAACGCCCAUCUGGAGGAGAAGGUCAAGAGGAUGGAGAGAAGGCUCGGAGAGGUGGAGAACAAAAUGAAAGAGCAGUGACGGACAAUGAACCCAACCAACUCUGAUCUUGUCUUUGUUUUUGCAUUUUUGCAUCCGACUGUUGCUAAUUUCCAUAUUUCUCACCGCUUGUACCACCCUCGUGCUGGCCUUCCAAUCACAAUGCUGGCCACAUAUUUACUCUCACAGUCUCUCACAGAGAUUCUCAUUGGUCCUUUAUUUCUAACUGACACUGACUGAUGAGUUAGCUAAGUGGAUGUGCUCGGGCUAAUAAUGACAUUUGGCCGUUUUGGUUGUUUUGUGUAAACAACAAUUUAUGUAUAACCCAAUAUUCUGGUUCUCUAGGUCAUGUGACCUGGUCAGGGAGAUGUUAUAUCAAAAUAUAACAUCAGAGUAAUUGUGCUUCUUACCAAAUAAAUAGAACAAGGAUACCUGGUUUAAAAAUUAGGGAUGUUAAUGACUGAGUAAUCGAUAAUCAACAAAGCAAAGCAUCGUUUGAUCAACGUUGUUGGAGUUCUAAUCUGAACUUUUAUAUAUGUAUAUAAUAUAUACACCGAUCAGCCAUAACAUUAAAACCACCGACUUGUUUCUGCACUCACUGUCACUGUCACUGCUCGACGAAGAAUAGUCCACCAACCAAAAAUAUCCAGCCAACAGCGCCCCGUGGGCAGCGUCCUGUGAACACCGACUCAAACAGCGGCAAUAGAUGAGCACCUAAAUAAUACCUGCUCUGUGGUGGUCCUGUUGGGGUCCUGACCAUUGAAGAACAGGGUGAAAGGGGGCUAACAAAGCAUGCAGAGAAAUAGAUGGCCUACAGUCAGUAAUUGUAGAACUACAAAGUGCUUCUAUAUGGUAAGUGGUAAAAUGGACAGUGAGUGUAGAAACAAGGAGGUGGUUUUAAUGUUAUGGCUGAUCGGUGUAUAACAUCAGAGUAAUUGUGCUUCUUACCAAAUAAAUAAAACAGGAUACCUGGUUUAAAAAGUGUUAAUCAGGGAUGUUAAUGACUGAGUUAUCGAUAAUCGCCAAAGCAAAGCAUCGUUUGAUCAACAGUGUGGGUAAAAAAUGAUCAGGCACUUGUGCACGUGCCAGCUCUGUGACGGUAUUGAAAAUGCAUACACACACUGACUUUUCCCUGCAGACAGUAUGGACCUGAGAUAUUUCAUUUCAUUUGUUAAUAAACAUCCAUCCCUGCGUUUCUGUCUUUGUCCUUUACGCACUGAAGUUCCUCCUGAUUCCUUGAAUGGUUUAAUGAUAUCAUGCACUGCAGAGGGAGAAAUAUUCAAAUCCUUUUUAAUCUUUAUUUGAGGUUCAUUGUUUUUAAACAUUUCAAUCAUUUUCUCACACAUUUGUUGACAAACUGGAUCCUCUGAUCAUCUUUGUUCCUCAGAGACUAGCCCUGCAUUUUUUGGAAUGUGUUGCAGGCCUUAAAUGCAGGAAUGGACGUUUAUUAACAAAUGAAAUUAAGCUGACCAGACAAAACGUGAAAUAUCUCGGGUUUGUUCUGUCUGCAAUUAAAUACAGUAAAAUCCAAAGUAAAUGUAAAGUGAAUGUUUUUUUUUUUUUAUUUGCAUCACAUUUGCAUUAAUUUGAGGUUGUAAAACAAUGAAACUAUUAUGCAGUACUGUGGAGUCUGUAUAUAAAGUCUUACUGAGUGUAAUAAUGUGGAUAUUUUGCAUCAUGCUCCAGUACAGAGGUAGAAAUAAUCUUAUAAUAACCACACUUAUGUUGUCUGGAAGAAUUUUUUUACAUUUGAAUCUACUGUUAUGCUUUAUUUAUUAAAUAAAGUUUAAAGACUUGUUGAUAUGAAA